GAAUGUUCAUUAUGGGAACACAGAGAUCAUAUUUGCCGACCGGUUUCAUCUUCUGUCGUGUCUGAACGCGCUCGUUCACAUUUAAUAGAAUCAAUAGAUGUGGGUAGAUUAGGGACAAAAAUGAUCAAAGGAAGAAUUGAUGAUGCUGUAGCAGUUGCUAAAAGUACUGAAAGACAAGCUGCAGAAACAUGUACUAGAAUACGGAGAUUCUUCAAGCAACUAAUCCAAUCUACUGAAGAAAGAGAGCGUGAAUUACUAGAACGCGUAGAGCGGUUGAAAAAACGCCGCAUGGAUGACUUGGCUGCUCAAAUGGAAUGGUUACGAGGUGCUUUGGCUGGUGUGGCAAUGGCUGUUGAUGACAUGACGAAGGCUGUUGAACAGAACCAACAACGUGAUGUACUUGAUAUCAUGCUGGUGCAUAGUAGAGCUCGGGAAGCUAUCGAUGAACAUAUGGCAACGUAUCAUAAAAUUGAACCCAAAGAAGAAUCACUUGUAUUUGUUACCCCUAACUUUGAAGUGCUGCAGGAUAUCAGACAUUUAGGUGGCGCCAUGGGACCCAUGAGAGGCCCAGAAGACGAAGCUCUUAGGGGCAAUUUACCUUGUGCUGAUAGACCAGAAUGUGAGCCUCCACCACCUAUAGCACCGAGCAUAAAACUCGAACCCCAAGCCACUGGCGCUUCAUCCUGCACAGGCUGCGGUCGUCUGAUCCUGGACCGAUUCCUGCUCCGAGUGGCAGACGCAUCCUGGCACGAACAUUGUUUAAGAUGUUGUGCCUGCGGCGACACGUUAUCCAGGUCCUGCUUCGCUCGCGAUUUACGCCUUUACUGCAGGGCGGAUUACGAACGAGCAUUUGCAGCCAAAUGUUCCCGCUGCUGCGAACGAUUGCUCCCGAGGGAUUUGGUGAUGAGAGCUCAACAGCAUGUUUAUCAUGUGGCUUGUUUUUCUUGCGCCGUUUGUGAAAGACCUCUGCAGAAAGGAGAACAGUUUGUUAUAAGAGCUGGAAGACUGUUCUGCAGGCGAGACUUUGAAAAGGAGAUGUUUUUUCUAGGGGUGGAUGAUGAUAUGAUUGUAGAUGAUUCAUCAAGACCAAGAGAUGGAAGAAGAGGCCCCAAAAGGCCUCGAACGAUACUGACAUCAGCCCAAAGAAGACAAUUCAAAGCAUCAUUCGAACUUAGUCCUAAACCCUGCAGAAAAGUCAGAGAAGCUUUGGCAAAGGAAACUGGACUGAGCGUGCGGGUUGUUCAGGUGUGGUUCCAAAAUCAACGCGCAAAAAUGAAGAAACUUCAACGUAAAGCAAAACAAGACGGCGGUUCAGGAGGCGACAAGCGGAAAGAUUCUGGAUCAGGAAAUGCAGAUGAUGGCACUGAUGGAGAAGCUGCAGUCAAGCAAGAAUCUUUGUGUAUGGAUGGCUCUUUUUCAGCCUCAAGUAGACCUUUGAAUCCGAACAUGCCUUAUUCGCCAGAUGAUUACCCUGCCCAUUCUGGUGAUAGUUACUGUAGUUCCGAGUUAUCUUUGGAUGGAAGUACAUUCGAUGCCCUGGACGAUGGAACAUCAGAUGGAAUACCAUCAUUGCACCAGGAUGUAGUUGGCCCAGGCAACCAAGAACCGUCAUCUAUGUCACAUACAGGCUUACUGGUAAAUCCUAUUGAUAAAUUGUACCUAAUGCAAAAUUCAUACUUUAGUGGAGAACAAUAG